GUCCGACUCAGCUGAGUUCUGUUUAUAAAUACGGACUAGGUAAACCGCUGGUAGCUAUCUUCACCUGUACUUUAAAGACACGUAAGUGAAUGCAAUUCCACAUUAGUUGAUGCAUCAAUGAAAAAUAGAAAGAAGAAGAAGACCCACACUUCAGAAAAUUUUUAGAGGUUAUGUUAUGUCCAUUUCCUCAAAUGUUCAUAAAGUAAAGAUGAAAAUAAAGAAACAUUAUCGUCCAAAUAAUGAGUCAAAAACUAAUUAUAUAGACGAUGAACUAGAAAAUUAUGAAGAACCAAAAAAAUGGUACGAGGAAGAACAAGAAGACCCAAAAAAUGUGCCCCAACAUACAGAACAGGUUCUUAUUGACCUGAAAGAUGAAGCUAAAAAGUGCCACGAUUCAGAAGUGUUAAAUUACAAUACAAAAGCAUCAAAAACGAAUUCAAACCUUCAAUGGAUGAAAACGGUAAUGUCUAAGGGUACGCUUUCUGAUAAAAUAGCGGCACAUACUGUAAUGAUACAAGAUAAUCCUAUUGCGAAUUUAGAUACUAUCAGAAACCUAGUGAAUAUGGUAAAAGUAGGCAAGAAAAAGGAAUGUACCUCUGUAAUGGAAACUUUAACCGAGUUGUUUGUAUCAAAUCUCUUGAUAAGUCACAGAAAGUUAAAAUCCUUCCACCAAAGACCUUUGUCAGCAUUAAAUGAGCUGUCAUCUGGUAAUGCAGUGAGCAGAAGGAAAAUUUUAAGUUUGUGGUAUUUUGAAGAUCAAUUAAAAGAAAUAUAUGCUACAUUUGUACUUGCUUUGAAUACAGUUGCUCAUGAUACUGUGGAUAGUAAUAAAGAUAAGGCUGUUACAGCCUUGUACAAAUUAUUAAUAGACAAUCCAGAACAAGAAAAAAAUCUCUUAACAUAUUUAGUGAACAAAUUGGGUGAUCCAUCUCAGAAAAUUGCUUCAAAAGUCAUAUAUUGCUUGACACAAUUGCUGUUUAAACAUGUAAAUAUGCAAAUGGUUGUUUUGAAUGAAAUUGAAAAAUUGCUGUUCAGACCUAAUAUAGCUACUCGUGCCCAAUACUACAGUUUGUGCUUUUUGUCUCAAUACCAUUUGAGCCAUGAAACAAGUCAUGUAGCCAGGAAACUUAUUGAAGUCUAUUUUGCCUUUUUCAAAGGCUGUGUUAAAACUGGGGAUGUUGAUAGCAGAAUGAUGUCUGCUCUUUUAAUGGGUUUAAACAGGGCUUAUCCUUAUGCCAAAAUGGAAUUUGAGAAGGUACAAGAACAUGUUGAUACUAUGUAUAGGAUUGUACAUAUGGCUAAUUUUAAUAUUAGCUUACAUACACUUAGUCUUUUGUAUCAAGUUUCUGAUAAUGGAGAGGGCAUAACUGAUAGGUUUUAUGGUGCAUUAUAUAGAAAAUUAUUUGAUCCAAACUUAUUAAGUACCACUCAUAGAGCAAUGCUCCUAAGUUUAGUUUAUAAGGCAUUAUUAAAGGAUAAAGAAGUGAACAGAACAAAACUUUUUAUCAAGCGACUUUUACAGAUAUCCCAAUUUGCGCAACCAUGCUUUUCUUGUGGCAUAUUAUUUCUAAUUUCGCAGCUGUUGAGGAAACGAGAAGGACUUCAUGCUAUAAUCUUGAAACAAAGUGCACUUAGUGGUUUUGAUGACGAUGAUGAGGGCGACGAAAAAUACAUAGACGUCAAAGAUGAAGACGAUGUUAAAAAUGAAGAUGAUAAGUUUGUUGCUGAAAUUAAAGAAGAAAAUGAUGUCGAAGUUAAAGAAGAAGAGGAAAAAAAUACCAAUUUGGUUACCAAUAUGAUGACAGCUUCUAUAGAAAUUAAAGAAGAAGAAGAUGAAGAUACAAAACCAGAUAUUCAAUUUCUUGAAACCUCCCUUAACAAUUCUGCUGGUUGGUACCAUUGUAAAAAUACAGGAAAAACAUAUAAAAAUAAAACGAAAUACAAUCCUUUGGUUAGAAAUCCUUUAUACGGAGGUGGAGAAUUCUGCACUUAUAUAGAACUACUCAAUCUGAAAAACCAUUUCCAUCCGACUGUAUCCUUAUUUGCUACAAAUAUCAUUAAUGGCGAAAGUGUCGCUUACAACGGGGAUCCGUUGAACGACUUCACACUCAUUAGAUUUUUGGAUAGGUUCGUUUUUAAGAAUCCGAAGAGGAGUACGGAAAGCGCCGGCAGAGAUCGAACUUUCGGCAAAAGAAAAUUGUAUAGACCUAGGGGCGUUAAAUCCAUAUCUGUUAAGUCAGACAGUUAUGCUAAGGAGAAUCCCAAAAAUAUACCUGUCGAUGAACUAUUUGUACAUACAUAUCUGCAACAAAAAUAUCAAGAAAAAGAUGCACCAGAGGCAGACGACAGCGAUUUGGAGUCAGUACAAAGUGAGGAAUUUGAGGAAAUGUUGGAUAAACUGGCAGGACCAAAGAAUGAUGAGGACGAAGACGAUGAUGUAGAUUAUCUAAACGAAAUUGGAAACAGUUUAAAGAAUGUACAAGAGAAAAAGAAAAAAAAUAAUAAGAAACAAGAUGUUGAUGAUGCUAGUGAUAUUGAAGACGACAGUGAUGAUUUGUCGGACGAUAACGCAGAUUUUAGUGACGAUGAAGAUGAUUUAGAAAUGAAUGAUGAUGAUAAAGAGUUGCUCGGUGAUCUAAGCGAAGAAGAUGAUGAAGCUAUAGACUUUUCCGACGAAGAGGAACCAUCAAGCAAACAGAAUAAAAAGUUGAAAAAUAAAGGCGACAUUAUGUCUAAUUUUGCUUCGGCUGAAGAAUUUGCCACACUUUUAGAGGACGAAGGAAGUUCUAAGGUUAAACCUGGAGGUUCAAAUGUGUUUGAUAAUAAGGAUAAUGCAGGUGUAAAACAACUAGCAUGGGAAGAAAGUCGCAACAGGUGGUUAAAUAAUUACAAUACAACAGUAGGAGGCGGGAAAAAUAGACAUUCUAAACAUAAACAAUCGAAUUUUCCAAACAAGAGAUCAAAAAGUAAAGGUGGCAACCAAAACAAAAAGAAUAAAAGAUAAUUAUUGUAUAAAAUAUUCAAUAUUAAGUUUUAUAUUCCUUGUCUUUAAAUGUUGUUUUUCUUUUUUCAAUAAAUAGAAGAAAAC